AUGCUGCAGGAGAAAGCUUCAGCUGUGACGGAUGAAUGCGUGAGUCGGGCCCAGACCGGCGGGGAGACAGAUCUCCUUCCGGACCAGUCACGACUGGGCCUGCCCACAGCUCCCAGCAUCCCCAGCUCCAGCUCCAGUGAGCCCGACCAGAACAUUGAGAACAUUAAGGUCGUUCUUCAUGAGAGGGAGCUGUGGAAGAAGUUCCAUGAGGCCGGCACAGAGAUGAUCAUUACUAAAGCAGGCAGGAGGAUGUUUCCAAGCUACAAAGUCAAAGUGACAGGGAUGAACCCCAAAACCAAGUACAUCCUACUCAUUGAUAUUGUUCCAGCUGAUGACCACCGCUACAAGUUCUGUGACAACAAGUGGAUGGUGGCUGGCAAGGCUGAGCCAGCAAUGCCAGGCAGACUGUAUGUGCACCCUGAUUCUCCCGCCACUGGAGCUCACUGGAUGAGGCAGCUGGUAUCGUUUCAGAAGCUCAAACUCACAAACAAUCAUCUGGACCCCUUUGGGCAUAUCAUCCUAAACUCUAUGCACAAGUACCAGCCCAGACUACACAUAGUCAAAGCAGAUGAAAACAAUGCGUUUGGAUCCAAGAACACUGCCUACUGCACUCAUGUCUUUCAUGAGACAGCCUUCAUCUCUGUUACCUCUUAUCAAAACCACAAGAUCACUCAGUUGAAGAUAGAGAACAACCCAUUUGCCAAAGGAUUCAGAGGUAGUGAAGAAGGAGAUCUACGCGUUUCAAGACUACAGGGGAAAGAAUAUCCAGUGAUAUCAAAGAACAUGGUUCGACAGAGGCUCCUCUCCUCACAUAGUCACCUAGCGGGGAAGCUCGGAGCAGGAGUUCUAACGGGGCACCCUCAAGUCCUGUCCUCUUAUCAGUAUGAGACUGGGGUUCCUUUGUCUAACUCAGACCUCCAAGAUCCUAUCUCGAACCACUUCCCUCAGAGCAGAGAUCCCAGCCUUCUGUACCACUGCUUCAAACACAGAGAUAAUGCCCGACACCUGGAGCUUGGAUGUAAGCGGCCAUAUCUAGAGACAUCACCUGCGGUCUCAGAGGAGCAUUACUUUCGUUCACCUCCCUCUUACGACUCGCCCCUUCUGUCUCAUCCAUACUGCACUGAGGCAAUCAGCUCCAGAGAGGCUUGUAUGUACGGCAGCAUGGAAACAGAGUCUGGAUCGGGGGCAGGGGACACAGAUGACCUGACCAACUCCCCUUCAAUAAAUUGCAACAUGUGGGCUACAAUGCAGCCCUACCCUCGCUAUAGCGUGGAGGGCGUACCGUACCAACCCUUCACUGCCCACUUCACCAACGCUGCCACGGUCACCCCUGUGGUACCACACCCCACGUCAUCCAUGGUGUCAAGGCCGCAGGCUGACCUGGGGGUCUACAACUCAUCUACAGUACAGCGAGGUCUGCCCGUCAUACCUCCAUCAUCUUCCUCUUCAUCCUGCUCUCCAGCUGUUCCAGGAUCCAGAGAUAGGUCAGGCCAUCCACCUCUGUACCACAAGAAGCCAGGGUCACCACUCCGGCCUCACAGAGAUUUCUCAGCCUACCCUGCACAAGGUACUAUAUCCAUCCGGGAUCCGUCCUAUCAGUACCAGGUGGGGCUGAGUAGUGCAGGGACUCACUGGACUGAUAGCUAA